AUGCCGGUUGCAAGCACUGCGAGUGGUUCAAUAAUAAGUGGUUGGCUGCCAAAAUGGCAACUUGCUUUGGCAGUAGGAGCACCGGUAGCACUAGGACUAGGGUAUAUUUAUUAUAAAAAUACAAGUCAAGAAAAAUCGAAAAAUUCUGGAAAAUCAAACGGUGUAGGGACUGAAAAACAAAUAUCCAUUGACGGUGAUACCUUAGCCAAAAGUAUUCAAAAGCCAGAGACUCCAAUAGCCAAGGCUCAGCGAUUCAAGACCCUUGGAAAUCAAGCUUUUGGUGCUGGAAAGUAUGAUGAAGCUAUUUCAUAUUACAAUAAAGCUAUCGAGACCUGUCCGGAUGAUCAACAUGCCGAAUUGGCUAAAAAUUAUCAAAACAGAGCUGCUGCUCAUGAUGCGCUGGAAAAUUAUGAUGCGGUAAAAGAUGAUUGUACAAAAGCACUGGAACUUAAUCCAACAUAUACUAAAGCUUUGUUAAGAAGAGCACGUGUUAUGGAAAAAACCAACGAAUUGGAACUUGCACUUGAAGAUGUUACUGCUGCGUGUAUUCUUGAAAGAUUUAUGAGUCAGUCAACGCUUUUGAUGGCUGACAGAGUAUUAAAAGAAUUGGGAAAACAACACGCUCACGAACAUAUGAAAAAAAGAAGUCUUGUAAUGCCUAGUAAACAUUUUAUAAAGACAUACUUUAGUUCAUUUAAAAGUGAUCCUAUUUUUUCGGAUGACGCUAGUGACAAUGACAAUAAAGAUUUAGCGGAAGUCAUUCAGUUAUUUAAAGAAGAAAAGUAUGACGAUAUAAUUGAAACAUGUACAUCAAAAAUAGAAAGCUGGGAUUCAAAAGACAUUCAAGUUAAAUUGAAAUUACAUCUUCUUCGUGGUACCUUUUAUUUAUUGCUUGGCCAACACGAAGACGCGAUAAAGGAUUUAAACACAGUGAUAAAUAACGAUGAAGCGCCGAAAUCAGUAAAAGUAAAUGCAUUAAUUAAAAAAGCAACUAUGAGUAUGCAGUUGGAAAAUCCAGAUAAAUGUUUCGAGGACUUUGAAGGAGCUCUUGCCAUAGACACCGAGUGUGGUGAUAUUUACCAUCACCGUGGGCAAGUAAACUUGUUGUUGGACAAAGUUAUCGAGGCGACAUAUGAUUCACAGAAAGCAUUGGAUUUGAAUCCAAACUCUGGAAUCGCAUUUGCUCAAAAAUGUUACAUGGAUUACCGAUACGCCGCUAUAUCCCGAUCAACUACAAAAAUUGAUUCUGCGAUUAAAGAAUUUAAACGUGCUUUUGAAUUAUUUCCAGAUUGCUGUGAAUGUUAUACGUUAUAUGCUCAAAUGCUUUGUGAUUCACAAUCUUACGAUAAAGCUGACGAGUACUUUGCUAAGGCUAUUGAAAAAGAUCCAUUAAAUGCAACUAUCCGUGUACAUAGAGGUUUACUUCAAUUACAAUGGACUGGAAAUGUUGAAAAGGCUGUUGAGUACAUCAACAAAGCCCUUGAGUUGGAUAAAAAAUGUGAAUUUGGAUAUGAAACUUUGGGAACAAUUCAAGUUCAACGAGGAAAUUUAAAAGAAGCUAUUGAAUUAUUUGAUAAAGCAUUGGAAUUGGCUCGAACAGCCUUGGAACUUACUCACAUAUUUAGCCUCCAAGACGCUGCGAGGGCUCAACUCAAGGUCAGUGAAAGAUUGGGUGCUAACUCAUUAUUGGGUAUGUCAGGUGUAAUGUCGUAA